GGUUUCCGUGGAGACAGCAGAGCCUGCGGAAGGCGGCGGCGGCGGCGGCGGCACCUGCGAGCAGCGGCUAGCGCAGGUUAUGGUGGAGCGGACUGCGCUGUGAGCAGAGCGGCCGCGGGGCCCGCCAUGCGCCGGCGGCCCUGACAUGGGCGCCAGCGGGUCCAAAGCUCGGGGCCUGUGGCCCUUCGCCUCGGCGGCCGGAGGCGGCGGCUCAGAGGCAGCAGGAGCUGAGCAAGCUUUGGUGCGGCCUCGGGGCCGAGCUGUGCCCCCCUUCGUAUUCACGCGCCGCGGCUCUAUGUUCUAUGAUGAGGAUGGGGAUCUCGCUCACGAGUUCUAUGAGGAGACAAUCGUCACCAAGAACGGGCAGAAGCGGGCCAAGCUGAGGCGAGUGCAUAAGAAUCUGAUUCCUCAGGGCAUCGUGAAGCUGGAUCCCCCCCGCAUCCACGUGGAUUUCCCUGUGAUCCUCUAUGAGGUGUGACCCUGGGAGGUGGCAGACGGAAGCACCCCCUGCCCCAGCAAGAAACUCCCAGGCUCAAUCAAGGUGUGACUUCCAUUGAGGAGCCCAGGCUGGGGCCACAACCCUGAAUAAACUCUAUUGGCCCAUAACCUUCAGCUGUGAGCGGGUCAGUCCCGCAAUAUUAGUUGGGUGUUGGUUUUUGUAUGGACAAGAGGUGGUUGGUGGGUGGUGAAGGCUAAUGGCAGAGUUAGCACCCCACUCUCCCCAGCCACCCCUGCAAGAAGUACGGCAGGGCAUAUAACAGUCAGGAAUGCCCGUUACCUGGUUCCUUGCCUGGUCUGCCUUCUUCCAAGUUUGCCUGGGGCCUAGCCCUGCUAGAGGCUACAGCACUUUACAAGCAAGGUAUGCCUUCUUCCAGCCCCUAGGCUGUGGGCACUGUAUACAAGUAGGAACUUCCUUUCCUUUACUUCCCUUUUAACCCCUAGUCAGAGCAUUUCAGCCGUUUGCUACCUCGAUUCCUCCUGUGUUGGACAGAGGCUGGGGGCAGUGCCAGCCUGAUUCUUCCAACCUACCUGCCAUUUGUUCCCGCCUUCAGAUGGAUGGACAGUUUGCUGGCUAUUGAUAGGAGUAGGGACUGUGGGUGGGGGCUUCUCCCUCUACCCAGGGCUGGGCUGAUCCCCCUACUGCAACUAACUGUUCCCCCCACACCCCAAACCCCCAGUUGAGGAAUUGAGAGGGUGCAGGCUGGGGUCAGGACAUGCUGUGGAUGCUUGUGCCUAUGGGGAGUUAUUCCAACCCACCUAUUCUGUCUAAUCCCCAUGGCUUUGCACCAAAUCCUCCACCCCUCCAAUUGGGAGGGGACUGUUCACCACCUUGUGGUAAGGGACAACACCCUAAGGCUGGUACCAGUAGUUAUGAGUAGCCUACCACCCCCUCCCUUACAGUAACCGCCACCCCUUCAGGAUCAGUCAAGGGAAAGUACUAGAGCCCCUGGGUAGGGAAAGAAAGGAGAGAAAAACCAUAAAAGGAAUACUUACAAUGUGAAGGUUUGUAAAUAGUCCAUGAUGAUGUCAUGGCAGAGUCUGAAUUCUAUAUAGAGGUGACUUUUUUUUUUAAGUACUGUGCAAGCUCUGUGCUUCUAGAAUGUGGGAAGUGGCUUGGGGAAGAUGGCCCCCAGCCUAGGAAGACUGUUGUGUUAUUUGUUCAAUUUCAAUAAAAUGAUUUGUAGAUCCUGCA